AUGGCUGAUACCGUGGGGAAGACUGAGAUCGAUGAUUCUCAGAUCGUAGCUCCCCAUGUCACUGUUGACAAGCGCGUCAGUGACGACCAGGAGACCGCCGAGAAGGGUCACUUUGAGCACAUUAACCUGAACCAGAAUACCUCUGCGAAGAUCAAAAACCCUCUCGCUGACCUCACCACGGAUGAGGUUCUUCACGAUGUUGAGGAGUUUGCUCAUGAGCAUCAGCUGACUGACAUUCUUGAUGACCUGAAGAAGGGGGCUCUUGUCGCUCGUGAUCCUAACAAUUACGAGUCGGUCCCUGAUAUGACAGAGGCUGACAUUACCGCCAUUGACAAUGAAGUCACUCACAAGUGGCGCCAGCCCGUGGCUUUGUAUUUCACCAUUAUUCUUUGCUCUAUCGGUGCGGCUGUUCAAGGAUGGGAUCAGACAGGAAGCAAUGGAGCCAACCUUUCCUUCCCUGAUGCUCUUGGCAUCCCUGAAAAGAAUAACCCCCACGCCGAGAGAAACCAGUGGCUCGUCGGUGUUGUUAAUGCAGGACCGUACAUGGCCAGUGCUGCCUUGGGCUGCUGGUUGUCUGACCCCUGCAACAAAAUCUUGGGCCGCCGCGGUGCUAUCUUCAUUUCGGCUAUCUUCUGCUUGCUUACUCCUAUCGGCUCUGCCGUGAGUCAAACCUGGGAGCAGUUGCUCGUCACUCGUCUUCUUCUGGGCCUUGGAAUGGGCUUGAAAGCAUCCACUAUUCCCGUCUUCUGCGCAGAAAACUGCCCAGCCAUAAUUCGUGGAGGUCUGGUAAUGAGCUGGCAACUGUGGACAGCCUUCGGUAUCUUUCUUGGUACCAGUGCAAACUUGGCCGUUAAAGAUACUGGAGACAUUUCCUGGCGUCUGCAACUUGGCUCUGCUUUUAUCCCCGCCGUCCCUCUCCUCAUUGGCGUGUACUUCUGCCCUGAAUCCCCUCGUUGGUACAUCAAGUGCGGCAAGAUGAGGCAGGCGUAUCAAUCUCUCUGUCGUUUGCGCAACACGAAGCUCCAGGCCGCGCGCGAUCUUUAUUACAUCUACGCGCAGAUCAAAGUUGAGCAGGAGAUUGUGGGCCAGAGUAAUUAUGUCACCCGCUUCAUUGAAUUGUUUACUAUUCCUCGGGUGCGACGUGCCACUCUGGCCUCGUCAGUGGUGAUGAUUGCGCAACAGAUGUGUGGUAUUAACAUCGUGGCAUUCUACUCUUCCACCAUUUUCCAGGAGGCGGGUGCUAGUGUGACCGAGGCCCUUUUCGCCUCGUGGGGAUUUGGGUUGGUCAACUUCCUGUUUGCCUUCCCAGCUGUGUUCACCAUUGACACAUACGGACGCCGAACCUUGCUGCUGUUUACCUUCCCGCAGAUGGCCUGGACUCUGUUGGCUGCUGGCUUCAGCUUCUAUAUUCCAACCGAAUCCAAAGCCCACAUCGGCUGUAUCGCUCUGUUCAUCUUCCUGUUCGCAGCGUUCUACUCUCCGGGUGAAGGUCCCGUGCCUUUCGCCUAUUCCGCGGAAGUUUUCCCUUUGUCUCAUCGCGAGGUUGGAAUGUCCUGGGCUGUCGCGGUUUGCCUCAGCUGGGCAGCAGUGCUUUCCAUCACCUUCCCUCGUAUGCUACAUGCCAUGACCCCAACCGGAGCAUUUGGCUUUUACGCGGGAUUAAACAUCACUGCCUUAGUCAUGAUCUUCCUUUGGGUGCCCGAGACCAAGCAGCGCACUCUCGAGGAAUUGGACUACAUCUUCGCAGUCCCGACCCGCGUCCACAUCCGCUACCAGGUCUUCAAGGUUCUUCCCUGGUGGAUCCAGCGGUUCAUCUUCCGUCGUAAAGUCGAGCUGGAGCCUCUUUACAAGUUUGACCACAUUGCCACCCGUACCUCUUAG